AUGACCACGGUCCCCUUCGACUGUACCGCAGGUGUGAAGCGGUGGAAGUCGGGCUGGUCCGACCAGAAGAAGCAGUGGUGCUGCCAGGAGCGCGACGUUCGUCCCCGCGCGGGUGAGUUCAAGGUGGGCUGCGAGUCCCUGGGCGGCGGCGUGGACAUGGACUGCGACGCGGGCUACGAGAACUGGAAGUUGGGCUGGUCUUUGGACAAGAUGCACUACUGCUGUAGUACCCAUCAGCGUGGUUGCCUUUCGACCACCACGCCAGAAGCUUUCGACUGCCAUGCGGGCCUCAAAGAUUGGCAGGCCGGGUGGUCUCAUCAGAAGAAGCUCUGGUGCUGCACGCAUCACGGCCAUGGAUGUCCGCAGACCACCACCGAGGAGUACGACUGCUCCGAGGGCGCCACCGAGUGGGAGGAGAAGUGGUCGCUUUUGAAGCAGCAGUUCUGUUGUCAACAUCACCGGGUGGGAUGCGUCCACACCACCUCCUUGCCCUUCGAUUGCUUCGCCGGCUUCAGCCACCCGGCCGGCGGUCGUGCGGGCCGCUGCCAGGGCUGGUGUUGUCACCACUUUCAGAGGGGCUGCGGCACCACCAUGCAAACCACCUUGCCGUAUGACUGCUAUGCUGGCUUGGCCAAGUGGAAGACCGGCUGGUCCGAUGCCAAAAAGCACUGGUGUUGCGAUCGCUUUGCCAAGGGUUGUCCGCACCAGGAGCGGCGGCAGCGCAUCGCGCACUUUUCGCGUCGCAGCACGAGACGCCGUCGCAGCACGAGACAGGCCUCAAAAAGGUCCGGGGCCUUUGAUAGUUGA